UCUUAUCUCUCUUUUAUAUUGAUAGCCAGUGAGCCGAAGCCUCGCUUCCAGAAAAGAUCCUCGAAUGGCUUCUUGUGCCACGCAUUCGUCUCUUAUGCUCACUCCUCCCACUUCCUCUGUACAUGCCCAAGACCUCACUCCCUCGCUUUCCUCCUUCAAUCCUCAACCCUUGUCUAGAAAUUUCUCUCUUUUCCAUUGCGUUUGAAGUCUAGAGCGAGGAUCUCCUGCAAAUGGAUCGACGUAAAAUUGCAGAAGGAAGCUGAUUCUAGGGUUUCCCAUGUCGUUUUGGCUUCUUUCGCGACGGAGGCCAAGGUUGCUGAGAGUGGUGGCCUGUCCGCCGCGAAUGCUGUGACUAAACCCAAGACUAUGAAAGGGAUGGCUGCAUUGCCAACUCACAUAAGGCACAAGCUGAGAUUGAAGAGGUUCAUAGAGAUUCAAAGACAGAGGGAUAUGAUGACGGAGUAUGGUCUAAAAUCAGCUAUGUUUAUGCUAACACCAGCAGAUACAAAAUUCUUAGGAAAAAUAAAAGCCCAUUUUCGUUUCAACAUUGACCCUAAAUAUUAUGAUCAACAAUUAACAGCAACAGUAAAUUUACCCAAGGGAACUGGAAAGUCUGUCAAGGUGGCUGUUCUUGCUCAAGGUUUACAGUUGGAUGAAGCAAAAAAUGCAGGGGCAGAUUUUGUAGGUGGAGAGGACCUUAUAGAACAGAUAAAAGGAGGAUUCAUGGAAUUUGAUAAAUUAAUUGCUUCUCCAGAUAUGAUGCCUAAGGUUGCUGAUCUAGGGAUGAUCCUGAGGCCAAGGGACCUGAUGCCUACUGUAAGAAAUGGUACUGUGACAGCCAAUAUUCUUCAGGCUAUAACAGAAUUCAAGCUCGGAAGGAUCGAAUACAAGGCCGAUAAAACUGGAACUCUGCAUUUGCCUGUCGGAGGUGCUGACUUUUCGGAAGAGGACAUAUUCAUGAAGUUCGCUGCUGCAGUAGAAUCAAUGGAAGCAAACAAACCACCUGGUGUCCAAGGUGUGCACUGGAAAAGUGCACGUCUAUGCGCAUCACGAAGGGGACAUUGUGUUUGGUUAAUCAUGGAAGAGUUGCUGGAUUACAAGCUUCCAUCUGAUAUCAAAAGUUAGGCCACCUGUAAAUGCUCGCUUGCUUCGUUUUAAUCAGUUCUCUGGGGUGUGGCCUCUGUUCGAUCCUGCGCCAAAUAUCUAAUUAGUCAAAAGAUGGUUUGAAAAGUGACAUAGAGCCCAGGGAAGGACAAGAAGACGACCUUUUGGUGGCUAUAUCUAGGCUGAAAUCUGGCUCCAAUAGUGUGCUGACCCCAGAGGAGAAUAAUCUUGUAUUUAGUGAAUUUUCUUUUUUAUGGCAUUUUUAUGUUUUUAAUCUUUCUAUAUAUAGGUUUUGAUCAGAUGCUUCAGCUUCUAUUUACUAGGCUAUCCGAAUGACUUAUUAUUAUUAUUAUUUUCAAAUAAAGCCUGAAAGCACAAGCUUGGUUUUUGUUGGUGGCAA